AUGUCAGGAUGGGGUGUAGGAACUGUCCUUUUCCGCUGGCAGACACAAGACUGAGCAGAAAGUCAAAGUGAAAGUGUAGAUUGUGGUUUUUUUUUUUACGUAUGGAGAAAGUUGCUGCUUUUUUGGGUCUAAACGGGCCGUUUUAACCUCUCGCGGACUUUAAACCCUCACACCAUCACCAUGGUAAACCACAACCCAGCCCGCGUCGUGCUCAUGUUUCUCGGCUUGGCUUUGUUCAUGGCUGCAAUGACUUUAAACACUCUGACGGGCUUUGGUGCUAAAUCGGGUAUUUUCCAGCAGAGCAUGGAGGACGUCACACUGAAAUAUACAACACCGAUAACUCCUGCACAAUGGACUCUGUUUGUUUGGGAUUUCAUGUAUUUUUGGUUAUUUUCCAUGUUUAUAUACUUUGUUGUGGGACUCUGCAGAAGGACUGCAUAUGACUGGCUGUACACGCUGCCUGCAGUGCUACCCUAUGGAUUUCAUGCCUCUCUUAUCAUCAGCAUUUGCUUCAACAUCGCGUGGUUGUUUUUGUUUGACAGAGAGUUGUUGCGGGCACAGCUGAUAAUAUCAGCAUUAAUGACGGUCGCCAAUUACGCAAUACUAUUUUUCUCCUGUCAUGGGCUGAAGAUCUACGCCGCCUGGUUGCACAAAUAUCACAAUAUGGAUCUCUGGCUGAUCAGAAUAUUGGUGCAGAACGGAGUGGCUGUGUACGCUACAUGGGGGACCGUCUCCACUCUACUGAACCUGACAAUAUAUUUACAGCAUCAGAGAGGAACGUCGAGAUGUGACUGCGCGAUGCUGUCACUGAUGCUGCUUCUGAUGGAGCUGUUCGCCUGGUUCCUGUUGGAGAACUUCUACCUCGACGAGCACGUGCGUUACAUCGUCACCAUUUAUCCCGUGGUCAUCCUGUGGCUGUCCGGCGUCCUCGACAACUCCACCUCCCCUAAAAGUCCCAUGUACAUUUUUGCAGCUUUGAUUCUGGCUAUUUCCUGCAUGAUGUUUGUGGCGCGCAUCACUCUCAUCACAUGGAGACACCGCAAGCAACCGCUGUACAAGGACAGUGGACUUAGUAUGUCACCGGUCGAAAUAGCCUUGACACAAAGGAAAAUAUUUCUCUAAAGUUUAGCGUGAAGUGAUUCUCUGUUGGAAUACUAUUCGACUCACAUGCCAAGAAAAUGCACUUUUUCUUGGUAACAAAGAAACCUGUAAAUAUCUGAACAAACGGUGGAUGAAUAAAACUAUAAGAGAAAAUGAAAAAAAGGGGGUUUUGACUUAAUAUUGAGAUAUUGGCAAAAUAUUGUACAUGGAAGCAUGACAUUGACAUUGUUCAUGAAAAUCAUCUGAAUUAAAUCAAGAAUUAAAAAAAGUGAUUUGAUCAACCUCAAUAUUUGUAUCUUGACAAGUUAUAGAUUGUAUUAAGGAGGUAUGCAAUUGUGUAAUUGGACCUCUGGCUACGAAAGAACAACUAAAUGUAG